AUGGCUACCACUCGUCGAUACGCUACUCUCAACAGAGACACAAACGAAACUAAGAUCAAGAUUAAGCUGUCCCUCGAUGGCGGCUCGCUCCCCGACGAGGCAAAAGAUGCGAAUCUAGAGGUCCAGGAAGGAGAACAGGUAUCUACGGGCCAUGCAAGCCAAGUUGCGGGUGGGAACGUUCAGAGUAUACAUACCGGUAUCGGAUUCUUGGAUCAUAUGUAUCAUGCUAUGUCGAAGCAUGCCGGGUGGAGUUUGGAGAUGACCUGUGAUGGCGACUUGCAUAUCGAUGACCACCACACUGCGGAAGACUCGGCAAUAGCUUUGGGGAUGGCAUUCAAAGAGGCAUUGGGUCCAAUUCGAGGCUACAAGAGAUUUGGGCACGGAUUCGCACCUUUGGAUGAGGCCCUCUCUCGAGCUGUCGUCGACCUAUCGAACCGACCGUAUGCCGUUAUCGAACUUGACCUAAAACGAGAAAAGAUUGGAGACUUGAGUUGCGAAAUGAUCCCUCAUGUUCUUGAAAGUUUUGCGCAAGCAGCCGGUAUUACAUUACAUGUUGAUUGUUUGAGAGGGAAGAACGAUCACCACAGAGCCGAAUCGGCGUUCAAGGCUUUGGCAAUUGCAUUAAAAGAAGCAACGUCUCGGACGGGUGGCAAUGAUAUUCCGAGUACGAAAGGAUUCUUAUGA